AUGGGCCGCAACCUCUUUGACUUUAGCAUCGCCAACAGCAGCAACAAGUUCUUCAGCGGCAAGAGCCUCCACGACGACGACGACGACCAGCGCCACCACGACCACGCGUUCGACACGUCGCUCUGCAGCACGGCCAGCUCCUCGGCCGGGUCUUUCGCCCACCACUCGUCGUCCUCGUCGUCCCUCUCGCUCGGUCCACCGCCGCCGCCGCCGCUUCUGCUGCCGCUCGACAUGGGCGACGCCGCCAUGCACCGCAACCGCUCGGCCGACUACAGCAGCCGCGGCGACCGCCGGCCCUUGACGUUCUCGAGCGCCAACGUCAGCGCCAACUCCAUGGCCCUGUCGACGCUCACGGGUCUCCACCAGCCACAGCAGCAGCAGCUCCAGCUCCAGCUCCAGCAGCAAGCGCCACACGCCAUGGCCGCGACCAGCCACGGGUCCGUGACCGCCGAGUCGCGGGCGAGCAAACGCUGCUCCGUGUGCGGCAAGGGCUUCAACCCGCUGCGGCGUCGCCACUACUGCCGCACGUGCACGGCCGUGGUCUGCAGCUCGUGCAGCAUCUCGCGCAAGGUCGAGAGCACGUUCGAAGGCGCCAUCACCGUGCGCAUGUGCGUGAGCUGCAAGCUCAGCUCCAUCGCGUCGCAGGACGAUUUCUACGACCGCAUCUUUUCCACCAAUGAAAACGGCACCAGCACCGCCACCGGCAACGGCUCGAAUCCCCUCGGCGCGACCACGUCCGACUCGCAACUGAGUCUCAGCGAGAACGGCGACUUUGCCACGACGACCGACCGGCUGAGCUUCGCCUCGUACUCGUCUGCCACGGGCGGGAAACACGUCACGCGCGGCUCGAAAGACGACGGGACUUUCGUUGGCGGAGCGACGACCACUGGCACUAGCAGCAGCAACAGCAACGCGCAGCUCGUGGACGCGCAGACGCUCCUGGACAAGCAGCGGGCGACGAGCUCGUCGAACCUCCUCGUGCGACGCAAAUCGAGCUCGACGCGGGGCAGCAACCACGCGCCGGCACCAACUGCAGCCGGUUCAGGCGCGCGAGGUCGGCACGGGUCGUUCACGGCGUCGCACGUCGUCACGGAAGACUGUCCGUGGUGCAUGAACGAGGCCUGUGCGCCGCUGCACGAGUACUUUGAAGUGCCGUACCCGUUUUUCCUGGAACUCGCCGACCCGGCAGCCAAGAAUCAGUACAUUGCAGCCAAGCACUUGGACAAUGAGAAGAACCGGCUGCGGUCGGUACGGGCCAUCCGGGCCGCGCUCAAGACGAGUCCGGCCGCGUUGCAGACGAUCUUGCAGCUCUGUAACAUGGCGGCCAUCGCGACGUCGAGUCCCAUGGCCUUGGUCGGCUUGCUGGACAAGCACAUGUACUUGCCGUGUGCCGAGACGGGGCUGGGCUCGCUCGACAAGAUUGACCGGCAGAAAAGCUUGGCGGCUCACGCGUGCCGGAAUGGCUCGCCAUUGGUGUGCAGCAACUUGACUCGCGACGUGCGAUUUGCGGCCAAUCCGUGGCGGCGGGAUGUGCUCCAGGCGCAGUUUUACGCGGGCAUCCCACUCACGCUGUCGAACGGCCACACGAUUGGAGCGAUUGAGGUGUUUGAUGGGACACCGCGGUUUGCCUGCAUGGACGUCAUUUCGCAGCUCCAGACGGUCGUGCGCGGUCUUUUGCGCAAGUUUGAGGAGAUUUUAGCCAGACGAAUUGGGUCAGGAAAAGAAGGGGCAGAGGCUUCGCACAAGCGGCGGGCGCCGCACGACGAGUGUGGUGAGGGCAAGCAUCGCCAAUCUCGAGCGCCAGCGCCCAGUGCUCCAAGUGCGCCGGCCAUUCCGCCGCCGAAGAAGUCACCCAAGUCGCCAGCACAGACGCUUACCCACAGGCCGCCAGGACCAGCUGUAAAUUCUCCGCAUCAACCUGCUUCACCCGACGAAAAAGCUCAGUCUUCAGUAUUUGGGCUUUCAGCAGCAGCAGCAGCACCGCCGCCGCCGCCGCCACCGUCAACUCCGGCAGAGACACCACUACAGGCAGCAACAGGCGGUGAGCCCAGCCAAGACGAAAUGGAGAUGCGGCUUCUGCAGUUGCUAUCGCAAAGUACUAGCACACAGGAACAGCUGCGCAAUCAGCAGGGCCAGAUGGUUAACGCUAUUAGCUGCCACUCCAAGCAGAUUACCGACCUGGCAAAACAGCUCGAGCGCAUGGAAUCGACUCUUGCUGCGAAGCUUGGUGCGGACGCAGAGGACGACGACGAUGACGACGACUCGUCGGUAAACGGGGACGCGGAUGCAACAAGUGCAUAG